CACUUUUCCGUACUAGUUAGUCGCCACAGCAAACACAAACAUCAAUCAUCACCAUGGUCCAAGUAAUUGUCCGUCCUCAUCCUGAUUCCCAGCACUUGCUCCUCGACAAAGAUAGUUUGGACAAGAAGCAUGCCGUAGUUUCAAUUCUCCACAGCAAGCCACGUUCUUACGAAGUCACGCAAGCCUUGACGCCUCAGUCUUCGCAAAGCCAAGUGUUCACCAAUGCGUUGGAACCUUUGUUGAAUCAGUGGCUUACCAAAGGCGACCAUGGAGCGCUCUUUGCAUAUGGCUUUACUGGUACAGGCAAAUCCUAUAGUCUCUUUGGGAUACCCGAGAAUCCAGGCGGUAUUUGGUUGUCGGCGCAGUACUUGUUGGAGAAUCUGCCAACCGGAUCGAAACUUCGUUGUUCCAUGUGCGAAAUCGAUGGAAAGUCCGUCAAGGAUUUGCUGGUAUUGGACGAAACCAUCAAUGGUCAAUUGACGGUCCGUGUCGAUGAACAAGGUUCUGUCCACUUGCGCAAAGCCGAUGGCAGUGGACCACUCCGACGUGUUGUCUUGGAGACGGCGCAAGAAUUUCAGGUCCUUUGGGAACAGGCCCAAAAAUCCCGCCGUGUGGGAUCGUCCACCGUUCACGAUGCCAGUUCCAGGACUCAUGCGGUAGUGGACUUUGAGAUUGUCAACGAUCGCAUCGUCGAGCUGGAGGAAGCGGUCGAAGAAAAGCAUGCUGCGUACAUUGCGAUUAGCAAUCAAAAGGAUGACGCCUUGAAGGAACGGAUUGAAGAGGCGUACAAGCGAGAUGGGCCCAAUGCCAUGGUCGACGGGCGUCCUCUGGCGGAACUGCUACAAGAGCACGGAAAACCCCAUGAAGAGUCUCUGUUGGCUCUGGAUGAAGCGCGCCGUAUGUUGGGUGAAUACAAGGAAACCGCUGGAAUUGCUGCCUUUUUGGGAAGCUUCUCCAUGAUUGACAUGGCAGGAAAUGAUUGGGAGCAGGCUACCACUAUGCAGACUGCGCAAGCGAAGAAGGAACACUCGGACAUUAAUGCAUCUCUGUUGGCAGUCAAGGAAUGCUUCCGGGCCAUGCAGCAAGGGAAGCGACACAUUCCCUUUCGUCGAUCCUGUUUGACCCAGAUCUUGAAACGAUACUUUAGUUCAGCCAAUUCCAAUUGUGUCAUGCUGACAACUAUCUAUCCGCAAGAGGAAGAAGUGACACUCAAGCAGACCAUGAACACGUUGCUAUAUGCUUCCUCCAUUGCCAAGAUGCGAACGUAGAAUGUGUAAGCAAAGCCUCAAUAAAGAAGCAAUAGACGUGGAAGCCGGCAGGAACGAGAUGGAUGUAAUACAGCAUACCGGUAAUUGUACCGUACACCAACAGUGGAUAUUGGUACAGACUUGAAGCUACAAACCUUUUUAAAAGUAUAGAUAAUUGUUGUGUUACCAGUGCCUUGCGAAAGCAGAGACUCUACUACCGGU